UUUGAAAAACGAUUCGAAGAAUUCAAAUCAUACGGUGAUGAUCAUGUCAUAUGUGUGAUUGAAGACGUCGCGUCAUCAAAGAUUGUUGCAACUGGAAGUGUGUUCAUAGAAAAGAAAUUUGUAAGAAACUGUGGGAAAGUUGGACAUAUCGAAGAUGUUGUGGUUGAUUCGAGUGCUAGAGGGUUGCAGUUAGGGAAAAAAGUUGUCGGUUUUCUUGCUGAUCAUGCUCGUUUGACGGGUUGCUAUAAAAUUUUUGUUAUGUUGAUUUAUAUUAUCGUUCACCUUUGUUUUCUUACAAGUGUCAUCAAACAGGGUUCGAGGUUUUAUUGUUUUAUCGGUUCAUCCAUCUUAAAACUUCAUGUUAAAAAUUAA